CUGUGGUUCUCAAAGGCAACAACUCGGGUCGGUUUGAGUCACGAUGGUCUAAAGUCCGCAUAGAGAAGACCAACUGUGUGCUGCUGAAGGGAAUGGAAGGAGCCAAACUAGGGGUGUGGGUGGCUCAUGGGGAAGGUCGGUUCACUUAUUGGAGCAGCGCUGUGGCUGAUGCGAUGGAGACCAGCGGGUGUGUGGCGCUGCGUUACUUGGGUCCAAAUGAUGAGCCAACACAACGCUAUCCCUUCAACCCCAAUGGCUCUCCAGGUGGGGUAGCAGGCAUAACAUCAGCCUGUGGCCGGCACUUGGCCCUCAUGCCUCACCCCGAGAGAUGUGUCCUCACCUGGCAGUGGCCACACUUGGCUCCUCCAUUGUUGUCUCCACCUGGACAGUCUCCCAGACUGACUGCUCCCUGGAGUAAACUCUUCCAGAAUGCCUUUGACUGGUGUCUUGAACAUCAGUAAUAUCAGAGCAGCUUGGUGAAGUAGAUUUCCUGAAGUUAUGAUAAAUAUUAAUUAGAAAGAUGACCAGUAGCAUAUAUAAAUGUUUCUUGCAAUUGAAUUUAUUUUGUUCAGUAAUUUUCUUAAUGAAAACAAUGAAUUGUGUAAAAGCCCCUUUUUGCUGGCUCAGACAUGAGCAAUGAAUUGGUGCUGAUAGGUGUUUGGAGAAUGAAGGGUUGUGUUCCCAUUACAAAGUACAUAUACAUGUAAUAAUGUUUUGGCAAAGAUUUAUAUUAUUCUAAUACUGUUGCUCAAUUUUUGUAUUGUUGGUUGUUGAAUUAUACUCUAAUUUGUCAUA